UCUCUAAAACGUUUCUCUCUCUCUCUCUCUAAAUCUGAGCUCAACAUUGUUACCAGAGCCAAUCUCCGGCGAUUCCGAUCCAAUUUCAAUCCGAUCAUGGCGACAAAAACACGUAAUCAAGAGCUAGAAGAACUGGUUAAAGAACACGAAAAGAUGAUUCAACAAUUCACCUCCACAAUCGACGAUUUACGAGUAUCAAAUUCAUCGAUUCAGUCGACUUUAGCGACAUUAACAGAUCAAUUAACCAACAAAGGCUCGUUAGACGACGAAAUCAACAAUCAAAUUACAAAACCGGACCGUUCACAUACAAACACAAGGUUAUGCAAACUCGAAUUCCCAAAAUUCGACGGAUCGGAUGUAAACGGCUGGAUUUACCGAGCGGAGCACUUUUUCGCGGUUGAUGAGACUCCAGAACAAUCGAAGUUGGAAAUCGCGGUGAUCUAUUUGGAAGGUAAAGCAUUGCAAUGGCAUCAAGGUCAUUUGAAAGCUAGAAAUGUUACAGUUAAGGAUAUAGUUUGGGAAGAUUACAAACAGGAUGUUAUACACCGGUUUGCCGAUUCGUUUGUUGAGAACGCGUUUGAAGACUUGAUAUCACUGAAGCAAACAGGAGGACUUGAAGAUUAUUGUGAUGUGUUUGAUUCGCUUCUUAAUAAGGUGUCGGAUGUUAACGAAGCGCAGGCGGUGUGUAUGUUUGUUCAUGGUUUAGUUUCGGAAAUCGCGGGUCCUGUUAGAAUGUUUAAACCGAAGACGUUGAACGAGGCUUAUUCUUUAGCGAGAAUUCAAAAUGAUACUAUUAACAGACCGAAGAAUCGUUCGAAUUCUGUUGCUAGAUUUUUUUUCUCCUUUAAAUGGCCUUGUAAGUGCUUCUAAAAUACCCUUAAGUAAAUUAACACAACAUACACAAGAUUGGAAAAUUGUUCA